CCCACCAUGGCAGGUCCUGACUCUGUAUGUCCUGUCCUUCAGCCCACCACUUGCUGGUGGCCACAGCAUGCCAGGAGCCCAACUAUGGCUGGAUGAUCCAGCACUACUGCCUGAAGCAGUUCCAGCUCACCAUGGAGAACAUUGGGCAGAGGCUCUGGUGUGACUGGGAUGAGACCCUGGGCACCUACACCCAGCUGACCAACUGCACAGCACUGCUGGCCGAGCGCCUGGGCUGCUUCUGGCCCAACGCGCAGGUGGACCAGCUCUUCCUGACCAUCCACCGGGACUUCUUCUGGAGCUGCUCCCCCUCGGGCCGCGCCCUGCACGACCCCCCGCCCCACGUCCUCUGCCCCUUCGUCCUCCUGCCUGUCCUGGUUACCCUCCUGAUGACGGCGCUGGUGGGAUGGAGGAGCAAGCACAGCCAGGCCCUGGGCUAGGAGCUCCUGCCUCUUCCCAUGGAAUGGGCUUCCUUGGGGUUGUUUUCUGGGAAGCCACCAGAAGAAGAGCAUCGUUGGAGGUUCCAAGCCUUGGAGGCUGAGGUGGAGGUGCCACCAGUUCCAAGUUUGAGUCCCAAGUCGAGAUGGGAUGGAGGGGUUGGUUGGUGGGACGGAGGAGGGGUUGGUGGGAUGGAGGUGAUGGUUGGUGGGAUGGAGGUGAUGGUUGGUGGGAGCUGCGAGGUGGUUCCAUGCAGCCCUUCCCAGGGGACCUGGGCACAUCCCUGGCCAUGAAAACACCUCUUCCCAACCCUCUUUCCCAGCAUUCCCAGCAAAGGCACCUUCUCCCAUCCCAGCCCGUGGAUGAGACCUU